AUGAAGUCCCUCAAUUCCAUCAAAAAGCCGCCAAAGGCAAAGAAAGUCAAGUCGGAGAGGGAAGAAGACGGUUCGGCUGGCUCAAGUAAACUGCCCGACACGCCGGACCACAUUCAGGACGGCCAACAUGGCUACAUGGUCAAGUUGAGACUGUUAAAUCCGAACUUGACGUGCGGUCUGUGCGAGGGUUACCUGAUAGAUGCGAUCACCAUCAUGGAUUGUCUUCAUUCGUUCUGCAAGAGCUGUUUAUUGAUGUAUUUUGAAGGUAAGGUGUUUUACAUUUGUUCUUCUUGAAUUUAGGAAGCUUUUCCUUGAAAAACUAGCGAGGAAUUUUGAGAAAUCGCGGAGGUUUUGAUCGAAAUAUUAUUCAUGGUUGAGCUUUAUUGGCUUGUCAAAUUUUUUGGUAUUUUUUGAUGUCUAAUGAAGUAGUUAGGUAGAAUAAGUUUCUCACAGCUUCUUUUUGAUGUUGUAUAUAUUUUCACCGCAAAAAAUGCGAUAAAUUUGAGGAAAUCGCUGAGUUUUACAUCAAAAUAUUAUCCAUGAUAUAUGUGCAAGUUCUUGGCCAAUUUCUUUUAUGUUAAGUGGGCUUAUUAGAUAAAAUAAGACUGCCAAUGCGUUUUUCUUGAGUUUAAGAACAUUUCCAGCAAAAAUAUUGCUAUAAAAUUUCAAGAAUUAUCCGAGUUUCGUCUAAAAAUAUUAUCCAUGGUGUAUUUUUGACAGUUUCAUCAAUCGUUUGUCUUUUUUGGCCUCAAUAUCUUUCAUUUUAGAUAAUAAAGACUGUCCAAAGUGUCACUUUGUAAUUCAUCAAUCCCAUCCCACUCAUUACGUCACGUACGAUCGGACAUUACAAGAAAUUGUCUAUAAACUAGUCCCAGGCCUUCUGGAAGCCGAACAAAAGCGAAGAAAGCUCUUCUACGAAGAACGAAAACGUCUGGGGAUCAUUGACGGUGAAGACGAGGAAGAGAGCGAUCAUGUGCUCAAAAAGGACGAACAGGGUAUGUUAUUCUUGACCUUCUUUGGUAUCUGAUGUUUAGAGUACGAAAAUGGAGUUGUGCCGCUAAAAAGCAAUGGAAUAUGUUGCGAAGAGGCCGAAACACAUCUGGCACAUAAUAGAGCAGGUGAUAAGGAUGCGGUUUGUCUCACACCGGCCGACGAUUCACCGAAAUUAAAGCAUAUUAUAAUAGCUUUAUCUCGUAGGUUAACGACCCAAAAUUUUGAUGUCCUAUUUUUCGCAGCGCUUGCCACAAUUACCUCGCUGAAACGGCUGAUCUCCUACUACCUCUACGACGGCGAUAUCUCACAUUACAACGAGUUCGACAUCUUCUGCAACGACGAAUUGAUGGGCCGCGAUUAUUCGGUCGUUUUCAUCCGUAAAACCCGCCUCAGGCAGUUGGAUCCGGACGAGCCGAUUCAUUUGGUGUACAAGAAACAUGUGGAAUUUUGA